UCAAUGGACAGAUAAUAAUAACAAAAUUAAUCAUAAUAAUAGACAUAAAAAUAAACAUUAGAUCCAUAAGAUAAUCAUUUAUAAGUAUCAAUUUAGAAGUCACUUAAAGCAUAAGUUUUUGUAGCCAAAAUCUUCUUAAAAAAGUUUGGCAAUGUAGAAUUACAUUCACUUGGAGAUGCUUCUAAAAAUAGCGUAAAAGUUGCUGAUACUUUACAAAGAUAAUGUAUACUCAUUAUAUAUAUUUUUGAGGCAUUGCAACAAUAACUAAAAUUAAUUCAUUCACUUUAGAUAUAAAUGAAGGCAAAAAAGUGAAAUUUAUAGUUUCAUUAACAUUAACAUAAGAGGGAAAGAGAAGAUUAGAUUAAGAAUUAGAUUGAUU